AUGGACCUACGGGGGACCCGCGGGCCAAUGGUCGGCCAGGACCUGAAGGGUCAGGGGUUAGGGUUUGGCAUCCUGGCUCAGGGGAUUCCAGCCAGUUCAAUAAUAACAGCAGUGCAGCAGCAGGACUACUCCGCCAGCGUCUGGCUUCGCAGGAGGGACAAACUGGAACACUCUCAGCAGAAGUGCAUUGUGAUCUUUGCCUUGGUGUGCUGCUUCGCCGUGCUGGUGGCGUUGAUUUUCUCCGCUGUGGACAUUUGGGGCGAAGAUGAAGACGGGAUCACAGAGGAGAACUGUAGCAAGAACUGCAGAGUAGUGCUUGUUGAGAACAUCCCGGAAGACAUCUCCUUCUUAGACAAUGCCACAUCCCACCUCCCUCUCUCGGCGGGGCUGUACACCCUACUGGACCAAGCUAUCCGGGUCGUAGAGAUAGUUUCCCCGCUGUGGCUCCUCAACUCCUCCGAUUAUGAAUCCAGCUUCCAGCCUGCUGCCAGACAGGGCAGGGCUCUGUUGUCCAGGCUGCAGGGGUUGAAAGCAAAAGGAAUCCAGCUGAAGAUCUCCAGCGGGAUGAUUGACUCGACUGAGCUCAGGACGCUUGCCAGACACAAUGCUGAAGUCCACUAUGUGAACAUGACAGCACUGACCAAAGGUGACCUCCUCUCCUCUUUCUGGGUGGUCGACAGGAGACAUUUCUACAUCGGCAGCGCCAGCAUGGACUGGAGAUCCCUGGCCACAAGGAAGGAGCUGGGUGUGUUGGUGUACAACUGCAGCUGUCUGGCUCUGGACCUCCACAGAGUGUUCAGUCUCUACUGGGGGCUCCAACAUAAAGACUUCAUCCCCUCCUUCUGGUCCAAGCGCCUCUUUGCUCUCUUCAACAAGAAAACACCUCUGGAGCUCACCCUCAACAGCACCAAGGCUCAGGCCUACGUCUCUAGCUCCCCAGAUGUUUUCAUCCCCAAAGACCGUAGCAGUGAUCUGGAAGCCAUUUCCUGGGUCAUCCAAGAAGCCCGCCAUUUCAUAUAUAUCUCCAUCAUCGAUUACCUGCCUCUCCUCAGCAGCAACGCCCACAAGUACUGGUCUCGUAUUGACAGCCUUAUCCGGGAGGCUCUGAUCCUGAGGAAGGUGCGGGUCCGUCUGCUGAUAAGUUGCUGGGAAAAGACUCAACCGCUUACUUUCAACUUCAUCUGGUCCCUGAGGAGCCUGUGUAUGGAGCAGGCCAACUGCUCACUGGAAGCUAGGUUCUUCAACCCCAGAGUGAAGAAGGAUGGCAGUCUCCAGGGAAUAAACCACAACAGGUUUAUGGUGACAGAUAGGGCCAUUUAUUUAGGUAACCUUGACUGGGUGGGGAAUGAGUUUACCUUUAACGCAGGAGCAGGCCUGGUGAUCAGUCAACCAGACGGUAUCGAGGAGAGGAACUCCACAGUUGUGGAGCAGCUACGGGCUGCGUUUGACAGGGACUGGUUUUCACGUUACACCUGCUCCCUGCAGUCCAAUAAGAUCCCUGUUUGCAACAAGCACCAGAUCAAUAAUCUGGUGCCAGUAAAAGCCAGCCACCUAGACAAUGGACCAGUGCCUAUCAGAACAGGCCAGCAUGAUAACGGACCUGCACCAAUGAGAAACAGUCAAAAAGAUGAUGGGCAAACGCCCGUCAGAACAAGACACCCUGAUGACAAACUAAGCCAAACGAGUCACCAAGGCAUUGCAAAUGAACUGGUGCCAAUUAUAAACCAUUACCAAGAGAGGGGACAAGUCAAAAUAAGUCACCUUGACAACAGACAGGUACAAAUCAAAGGUAAUUACCAUGACAAUCCAAUGGAUCCCCCCAGUCAAUCAGCUGAGAGCAGCGGCAGCAGAGAGAUCUCCAAUGGAUCACUGUGACCGCAAAGCAUGAUGGGUUCGUUUUCACUGAGUGAUGUUUGGAGAACUGCUCUCUUCCAGUGACAAUGGACUUAUAUCACUGGGUCUUUAUAGCAUUUUAUUAUUGUCAUUUUGUAGAAAACAAAAAAAACUGAUUUAAAGAUUUAAGUAACAUCUGGUUCGCAGGACUUGAUAAUGUACAUGGAAGAACUCAGGAUCGAAAGUGGAUGCUCCUCUGCAGGCUGGAACCUCGGACUGAUUCUUCAAGAAUGAAACCAAAACAUUUUGGUUAAGAAGAAAUACUGAUUAAUACACUGUAAUAACUUACAAUCUUGCUACUUAUUUAAACUUUUUUCUGUCCUUGUUGAGGUCUCUGAAGCAAAGGAAACAGAUAAAAUCGUAUAGAUUUCAUAAUUAUUGUAUGUCACUUAGGCUGUUUACGGCAGUCAUAAAUUAUCACCCUUUAAAAGGGAGAAUGGGACCUGCAUGCCUAUGCAGAGAUGGAAGGCAAAUGACGAAUGAAGCAUUAAUGUUUUUCUGUUAAAUAUAUGAUGAACUGCGUAGCAUUUAAACUUAUUUAGAACUGAUAUUCAUUGACAAAGAUCCCUGGAAAGGAUUUUGAAAUAUUUCCACCGAGGAGCCAAAACGAGUAAUUUUACAUUCACCGCUAAAAGUGAGGAACAUUGUCAUUAGCCUUUUAAUGGAAAAAACCUCAUAACUCAUUUUGAGUGCUGACUCACAGUUGAGGUAGCGGGGCUCUAAAGGGAUUGAUCAAUUCGUGUCCACCAUGUUUUAAUCUCAAUACCGCAAACACUAAACACUGUAAAGACACCAGCUACAUAAUCUAAGACUCAAUGCAUCAUAUCUCUCUCCACAGCAGGAUGAUGGAUAUUAAAAUGUUUUAUUUUAUAGAGGUCAUAAUUUAAUUAGAUGAUGCACCUAUUCUACCGUGUUUAUUAGGUAACACCAAAUGUCCUAUGGCCAUUGGCAAAACUACAGCCUUCAUUGCUUUAAGCUGAAGGCAUUACAAUAUUUCUUUCCCCAGACGAAGGCCCCCUGUUGAUCUGAAAGGGUCCUUAUAGAUAAUCAAUACUAGUUCCAUAUACAAAUCCUAGGAAAAGAAAAAGAAUCGAAUGGAUAUCUAUGGUAUCCUUCCAAAUGCAAUGUUGUGACUUACUGAACAAAUACUAAGGGACCAGUUUGAAGAAAGGGCCAGAGGGUCUUUGCUGGCUGCCAAAUCAAUACAAUGAAUUUUUAACAGAGCUUGACAGCAGACGUGUUUGCUGCAGUUUAACCUCAAGGACAUGGUGUCCUGUAAUGUCAUGCCUGUGACUGAAUAUAUGUUACCUUUACCAUGUGGAGUCAGAGCUAAAAAUGCGGGAUUGUUAGAAAAGAAAAAGUAAUUUACACCUGACUGAAAGCUUGUAGCAACUUUCGUUUGCAUUUGGAAUGAUUGCAUGUCCGUUUAAGACCUUUACACACUCUUUGCUGUGAGUGCAACGUGUAGCAACGGUGCUUGUGGGUUUAUAUUGUAGAAGAAUUUUUAACUUCCAAAGCCAUUUAUCGAGGAAACAGGAAAACAUUAACCAGCGAGAGCUAUAUAGAGAUGUCUUCAUCAACAAUUUGCAGGGUGUUAAGGUCAGUGCUUUAAUGCGAAAUCAGCGUGGGUAUAAUCAGCGUUUUGUUUGAAUUCAAUUGGCAGAGUGAAUUCAAUCAUUUAAUUCUGCUGGUAAACUGAAGCUAUCUCAGUCAGAUUGCAAAGUAAGCUUAGCUGUAAAACAAGAGAAUUACAAACAGAUAGUCAUUGUGGUAAAAUAAUACAGAGCUGAAACAAUUAGCUGAUCAAUGGAUUUGUCAGUCAAGAGAAAAUUAAUUGCCAAAUAUUCAGGUAAUUAGCAAAAAUGCCAAAAAAUCACAGGUUCUAGCUCCUCAAAUAAUUGCUGUUUUCUGUGGUCCUCUAUGAUAUUAAACCGCAUACUGUAUCUUUGGGACCCAAAAAGACAUUUGAAUAUCUCAACAUGGGCUAUGAGUAAUUGCGAUGGGCAUUUUUUUUACCUUUUUCCGACAUUUUAUUGACAAAACAAUUAAUCGAUUAAUCAAGAAAUUAAGUGACAGCUUAAUCGAUAAUGAAAACAAUUAUUAGUUGCAGCCCUAAAAUAAUAUAAAAACCGAUUUUUGUGGAAGCCAUCUAGCGGUCCACCAGUUUUCAGAGCAUAUAUGUAUUGUGUACAGUAUAGUACAGUACAGGAUGAACGGUAUUUGUGCCUGCUCCGUUUGUGCCACAGGUCGAAUGUAAGCGACUAUACAGGCUCAGUCCUGUCAUAACAUGUUCCCUAUAUGUACAGACAGGACACAUGCAGCUGAACAACUAAUACCAGCAGAGGAUGAAACGUUUGUUAGUUAGAAACACACCCCUGACAAUUGUAAUCUGACCAUGAUGGAUAACUUCUGCCAUCUAGAGGAUUUCAUGAGAAAGAACAUUUCUUCUCACUCAAUAUUAAACGAUAAUUUUUAAAAAAUCAGCCUUGAUUGGAUAUACAUGUUGGUUCACAACUACUAUUAAAAUGCCAGUUCAUAUAAAAUAUAUAAAAGGCAGCAACAUGGGAACCUAAGUGAUUUUCCGGCUAAAGUCUGAGCUGAAAGUGUGAUGAUAGUUACUAUUUCUUGAUAACAAGAGAUCAGAAGAUGAAUAAUUCUUUGAAAAAUAACACAUAUAGUACCCACAGUAUAGUACAGGAUCAUGUGAAGUUAAUAUAUAAAACACUAAAGUAUAAAACAUAUAAUGUAAUUUUUAAAAAAAAGUUAAAUGUUUAAUUCUAACAUGCAAAAACGAAUUUAAUUUAAAAAAUUACUUUUUUUGCUGCUGUAUGUGUGCCCUGACACUUUCUCUUUUUACGUGUGACACACAACCAUUAAUCCAUCCAUAAACUGAUUCAUAACGCUUAUGGCACUGAUGAUUUUAUAAAGCAAACACAAUCACCCGUGUCUUUUGUAGAACAGUUUCUCCAUGCAGAGUGAGUAGAACUUGGAGGGCAUUACCUCAAUAUUUAACGUCCACGUAUUUUCUCGUAAAGCACUAUGUCGCCACUCUGUAUUAAUUGUAAUCUGAGAGUUUGUCUGGAGUCAGACUCACUAUUUUAUGUUGCUAUAAUUUAUAUGGGGGCAGGAAUGCAGCUAAUGCACCCUGUACCCAGGUCUUCAUGUACUUUACCUGUCUAAGAAACUAUUUCGAUCCGGAAGAGCGGUGACUAUUUUUCAGUUAGCGUGGACCAGGACCACACGUUUAAUGGCAUGUUUACAACGGGGACUUAUACCUUACUAGAAUGUUUCCGUAUCACCCGAUGUGCACUGACCACCUGUCCAUCCCUCCAUUGAGACUAAAGAAAACUGAGCAAUGCUCAGUGAAUACUCUCCGAAAGAUAUCGUUUUUUUCUUGAAGUCAGAAUGGAAAGUAGAUGGGUUUGAGAUCGCUGCGUAGUUAAACACAAUGAUGCUCAACGUUAAAGCUUUUUAAUGUCGCCUACCUUUAUUGUGUUGAAAUUUUUUGAGCAUGCCUGCUGCUUGCAUGCCCUGCCUUUAUGAAUUGUGCACAGUAGCUAUGAGCCUUUCUAGAGAUUAUGAUAUCAAUGACAUCUUAUAUACCUUUAAAAAUACAGAAGGAAUGUAUAUUUAUUGAAUAUCCUUGUUAAUGAGCACUACUGAAUUAUCCGAUGGCUACAUUUUU